GACAACAUCUGCAGAGGGAAUUACGAAUCCAAGGAUUCGUUCCGCGCGCUUCAGAACAUGAGCAAGGCACUUACAGGGGAGCUGCAGGCGGUGAGGGAGGAGUUGGAGAGCUGGGUGUCCUACGGGCCGCGGGCGUGUCAGCUGCUGCAGCAGCUGAAGAGCUUCCAGGUGUCUGUGGAGAUCUUGCGGUCCACGCAGCUGGGCAAGAUCUUGGGCCGUUACACCCGCCAUCCAGAGGCCUGCGUGGCGGCUUCAGCCAAGAAGUUGGUGGAGGGCUGGAAGGAGCAGCUCCGGCCCAGGACGCAGGCGGCUUCUGACGACGACAGCGAUGCGCCGAGAAGAAAGCGCGACCGCCGGGUGCCCCAGGAGCGGGUCGAGAACUCGCGGCGCUUGGUUCGGCGCAAAGUGGUCAGCGCAACGAAGGGACGCGAAGACGAGCUGCAGCUCAGCUUCACUCCGAAGACGCGAAGACGAGCUGCAGCUCAGCUUCACUCCGAAGACGCGAAGACGCUUCACUCCGAAGACGCGAAGACGAGCUUCAAUUUCGAAGAUGCGACACAAAGACGCGCGAGUCGUGUCCGAGCUUCAGUUUCGGAGAUGCAAAGACGAGCUGCAGCACAGCAGACUCGGUAA